UGUCAGCCUGACAUAUGUCGCAGAGAUCAGAUGAAGCUUCAUUCUUAAAUUGUGAUAACAUUUCGACUGGUCAUAGAUGAUACACUUAAGUACUUAUUAUGUGGAUUAUGUUUAUAAUUGCUUUAGCAACUGGAAUUCAAUUUAAAUAUAUAGAAAACAUUCACUCGAUACUCUUCACAUUUUGGUAAUAAAACAACUAUGUCUAAGUCAUCAUGCGACGAGUCACAAAAAAUGUACUUUUAUUUCUUAUUGGAUUACUUUUUAUUUGGUUAUAUUGUGAAUAUAUCAUCUACUUCAUAGUUAUAGCGCAGUGUAAUUGGCCUGUUACAAAUGACACACAUAAAAGUAUACAGAGUUUGAAAGCCCUUAUGAUAUCAGACACCCAUCUACUGGGACCAAGAAGAGGGCAUUGGCUGGAUAAAAUGAGACGCGAGUGGCAGAUGCAUCAAGCAUUUCAAACUAUAAUGAUGAUGCUGAGCCCUGACGUUGUAUUUGUUUUAGGUGAUUUAUUUGAUGAAGGAGAAUGGACAAAUAAUAAAGAGUUUCAAGAGUAUGUUGAACGUUUCUAUAGAUUAUUUAUGGUACCACCCCACGUGAAGAUGUAUGUUGUUGCAGGGAAUCAUGAUAUUGGAUUUCAUAAUUACAUAAGAAAGGGAGCUAUCCAAAGAUUUUACAAGCUCCUGAACACGUCAUCAGUUGAAUUUGUCACUUUGAAAGACAUUCAUUUUGUACUUUUGAAUUCAAUGGCAAUGGAGGGAGAUUCCUGUCAAUUGUGUAGUGAAGCACGGAAUGAUAUACAACAUAUAUCAGGAAGACUAAAAUGUUCAGAGGACCCUAAGUAUUGUUUCGGAAAUAAAUUCAAAUCCCUGAAUUAUAGUCGUCCAAUCCUUUUACAGCAUUUCCCAUUAUACAGAAAAUCUGAUUCAAUGUGUACAGAACCAGAUUCACCGCCAUUGCCUGAACGGGACAAGCCGUUCAGACUCAAAAUCGACGCUCUGUCUAAAGAGGCUUCAGAGUUCCUAGUAAGCAAAAUCAAACCAAGGGCUGUUUUCGGAGGGCACACACAUCACGGUUGUCUUUUACAUCACAAAUACGAAAAUCUAGGGCAGCUAGAAUUUAAGGAGUAUUCAAUACCAUCAUUCUCUUGGAGAAAUAGACCAGAUCCAAAGUAUAUGUUGGUAACAUUAACGCCAAACGACUACAACGUACAGAAAUGUGGACUACCUCAAGAAGCUACGAUAGUCAUUACUGCUAUAUCAAUGCUUCUAAUACUUGCAUGUUUUAUUGCAAAGAGGAAAUAUAUAGGAAGGUGACACAUAAAUAUUAAUAAAAUUCGUAGAAUUAAUCUCCCAAGUUUAAUAUUGAUAGUAAAAUAAAUAUCAUUGACAAGAUCGAGCACUUUGUACACCUCUAUACACCGUUCGAACAGAAUUGUAUUUUCGAUAAAACAAAUACAACACAAAAUGGACAUAUCACAUAUUAAGCCGACCCUAAGCUUAACAAAAAAAAACUCACAAAUCAAAAUAAAUUACGAAUAAGGAAAAAAUAAGAGGUAGAUACAGAGAUUCUUAAUAAAUUAUAAACACAAUACUGACAUAGGUAAUUUGUAUGUUUAAAACUAAGUUUAAAAGUGAUGAAAAUAAUAAAGUCAAACUUGAUAAUUGCUAAA